AUGAUCUACCCAAGUAAAACCGCCGAUAACAACAAGGCAUUGAGUCCCAGUUAUGUAUCGACUGAACGUCUGGACAACUUUGUUCACGUUCUUCAACAUGCCUCAAAGUGCAAGUCGACUAGUUGUCGUGGCAGUUGUAUGAGAAUGAAGUUGGUCAUGGAGCACUUUGUCACAUGCCAACAAUGCGAGGUUUGCCGGAAAUUCUUUUCCGCCGUUUUUUAUCAUUCAAGUCAUUGCGGCAAGAAGGAUUGUAAGGUGAGUUAAAGGUUUCUAUUAUUGUACUUGCUUUUUUAGUCUUGGAUGAUUGUAUUGAGGUUGAAUUUUCUUUUUUAUGCUUAAAAGUUUGUUUUAAAGCUUCGGUUAAAUUUUUAAGCCUAAAAGUUUAGUUACAAAUUUAAAAUUGCAUUUUUAAGUUACAGAUUUCAUUUUUAAGGCUGAUAUUCGUUUUUAAGCUUAAAGUUCAUUUUUAAGUCUAAAAGCCAUUUUUAAGCCUAAAAUUUAUUUUUAAGGCUAAAGCUUAAUUUUAACGCUUAAAAGUUUAUAUUUAAUCCUAAAGUUUCGUUUUUAAGCCUAAAACUGCAUUUUUACGCUUCAAAUUUUAUUUUUAAGCCAGUGCUUAUAUUUGCAUGCCUAAAUGUUUUUUUUGAAGUUUAAGAUGUCACUGAUAAGCCUAAAAUUUUAAUUUGAAGUCAGAGCUUGUAUUUUUUAGUCUAAAAUUUUAGUUUUAAUAAAUCAAAUGAAAAUAAUUUUUGGAAAUAAAAAUUCUUAAAAAAUUAAUCGAAAACAUUGGAAAACCCGCAAAAAAAUUUCAUUCAAAAAAAUUCAAUAAACGGUUCCUUUACGCUUAAAAUAUCAUCAAUAAGCUUAAAAGUUUAGCUUUAUAUCUAAAAAUUUUUAUUUUUAAGCUAAAACUUAUUAUUUUUAAGUCUAAAGUUUCAUGUUUAACAAUAAGCCUAAAUUUUUUUAAAGGCAAAAUCUUAUUUUCAAAUUGAAAUUUUCAUUCUUAAGCCCAAAAUUCAUUUUAAAACGUAGUGUAUGAAUACAGACUACUUAAAAAUCUAUUUUUGUCACCAUUCUAGACCUUGUACUGCAAUCAAACCAAGCAGAAGAUCAAUCAAGUUUUGAGUCAUUGA